AAAAAGUCAGCGCGCGGGCGGCGGCGGCGGUUUGGGACCGUACCAUCUGCCUCCCUUGAGGUAAACGGGAGCGGCAGGACACCAGACAGAUAUCAGGCGCACGUGAGGCUGCUGGGUGGUGCCGGAUUCUCACCUGUGAGGGGGGUCGCCACUCGCCCUCUCUUCCUGUCCCCCCCCUCAACUACCAAGGGUUUGGCGGAGCCCAACAGCUCUCCCGAGUGAGAGACCGUGAGGCGCGAGGAAGGCGCGUCGGGUCAGUCAUAACCGGUUUGAACCGGAGCGCGAGGAGGAGCUGCUUCUGCCGCCAUGGCUGAAACCGAGGAGAGAAGCUUGGACGACUUUUUCGCGAAGCGGGACAAAAAGAAACGGAAAGAGAAAAGUAGCCGGGGAGGCGCCACGGGAGCGGCUUCCACGGCCGCCUCUUCCAACGCCGCUGCCGCCAGUGGGGCUGGGGGAAGCCGGCAAACCGAAGGGGGCUCCGGAACGGCCUCUCAUACUAACGCCGCUGCUAGAGCGGCACACAAGGAAGAAGAUGACUGGAAGGAAUUUGAGCAGGAAGAAAUAAUUGACUACAGUGGUCUCAGAGUUCAAUCCAUGCAAAUUAGUGAAAAAGAUGAUGAUGAAGGUGAUAAGAGAGAAGAGCCAAGAGAUAAUAGUGAAGAACCAGGUGGGGGCAUGGAGAAGGUGUCUGGUCCUUGGAAUAAGUCUGCUUCUACACAACAGGCACCUGUUGCUGAAAUUAUUGAAAGCCCAGAACCAGUGCAGUCCAGUGGGGUAUAUAGGCCACCUGGUGCAAGAGAAACCAGGACACGGAAAGUGCCACAAGGACCCCCAGAGAUCUAUAGCGAUGCACAGUUUCCAUCAUUGCAGUCCACUGCCAAGCAUAUUGAUACUAGAAAGGAUAAAGAAAUGGAGAAGAGCUUUGAAGUAGUAAAACACAAAACUAGAGGUAGGGAUGAGGUUUCAAAAACCCAGGCAACUAAACUUCAGCUAGACAACCAAUAUGCUGUGCUUGGGGAUCAGUAAAGCUGCACACACAUUACAAUUAAGGAAUGGUAAUUUGAUACCCUUCCAGUCUUAAGGUAACUAAACUACACCUAUUAUGAACGUGCCGUCUUAUUUCUGCUGGAUCUACUGCAACAAGUGCAGACUACUUUGACGUAAGUGAUUGGCUCUUCUGCACUAUGGAAAUAUGCUUAAUUUGGUACACCUGACUUUCUUCUUUGGAUAUGAGGGAAAUUAAUGUAAAUGGUCGAACAAGAGUUCCCAGUGUUUUACUCUGCAGCCAGUGGUUAUUUCACAUUUUUUUAUGUUCAGAUACUGAGCCUUCGUAAGGGUUGACUACCUCAGACUUGCUGCACUCAUUGUGGACACCAUGUGGAUCACAACUUCUGGAAAAGGUUACAACUCUUUAGUGGCCAUCUGAAACUCGAAGCCAGCUCUACUGGAUUCCUCUCAGAAAUCCUGCAGAAGUCAGCCAUCUGGGUUCUGGUUUACUAUAAAUGACAAAUUUAAGUGACCUUAAAUGAGCAAUUUGUCCUUUGCCCCCAUUUAUUACAUCCUUUCAUAUGUAGCCAUAAUUUACUAGGAACCUCUAGUGUAUACCACUUUCAAAAAUAUGCAGUGUAGUGUUGCGCUGUAGCUUGUUUUUUAUUUAGGUGUCCAGAAAAUACACAUCCAGGUAGAAAAUGUAGGGACACUAGUCUGCAUAUAUUAAUUGGUUUCAACUAUGUAAAUUUUAAUAAUUGCUCCCCUGGCUUGAGAAAUUGCAGUAUAGUCAAGUAGCAGCAUGAAAUAUGCAGACUACCCAUACUUUUCUUUUUCUUUACUGGGUUUCAAGCGAUUAGUAUUUCUGUAGUUUGCAUUCAUUGGCCAAUAAAUGUCUGUGCUCCCCCUAGUAUCUGGAGUUUAUUUUUGAAAAACCCAUGCCAUAUACUUAGCCUUAACAAUGUAUUAUGGCAAGUAUCAGCUGUUGGUCGCACACACUAUUGUAUUUGCAGGAUGGAAGUAAUUAUAUGUCUUGUGAAAAAUGUCUAUUGUUGUGGUUUCUUACUGGUUGAAAUGUGGAAAUAUUCUGGGAAUAAGGUGUUGCACUUACGGCAUUUUACCCUCUGCUGCCCAAAGAUUUAGUGACAACUUCAGUUGUAGGUCAGUCUUCUGGCCUACAUGACCAUUUAUUUGGAGAGAUAGUAUAAUAGUACCUAUAUACUAAGAUUUCUGUUAUAUUGUGCUGUAUGAUAUUGACAGUGACUAGAAUUCAAAUCAACUCCCAAAGAAGUUCCUGGGAUAUAGAAGGUAAUCCUACCUAAUUUUCCCUCUUACCUAAAUCUUAAUGUGGCUGGUGCUGAUUUCCUGAUUUCCAAGACUCCUCCUACUUCCUGGAAUCUUGAGCAGGAAUUCAGACAUCAUAAAAGUAUUUCUUUGUGAGAUGGGUUGGUAAUUAUCAAAAUGUAAUAACUUUGCAAUUAAAGACUGGUUAUGAUGUGAAAUAAUUGAUUUACUGAAGAACAAACUUCCUUCCGCUUAUGAUGGCAUUGGCUUUAUCCCUAAAAAGAACUGUUUGACACGAUUGUGAGAAACAGCUAAGCCAGGCCAGUGGAUGCCCAGAUCACUGGAAAUAAACCUACAGAUGACACCAUUGAGUUGUGUAUCUUUCCUGAAAAUGUGUCUUUUUGCCAACAAAACAUUUGCAGGGUAUUAAAGCUAAAGAACUAAGAUGAUGUGAAAUUGUAUGUCACUUGAUGACAUAGCAGAAACAUACAAUUUUAAAUCCCAACUUUGGCAUUUUAUUAAGGUUGUUGUUACACAUGAAUCAAGUUUUAAUAUACUGUUUGAUAGUGUAGAUGAAGCUGUCCUUUCUAACUUCACUUGAGUUCUUAGGCAUAAUUGGCAGAGCAAGAUAACAUUGUAACAAUAAAUAAAAUAAAUAGAAAUGUACACGGCUUCUGGAUAAUGAAUAUGCACAUGUUUUGAUGAUGUCGUGCAUCAUUCAAACUAAACAUGGCAAAGCUGAUAUAUGAUCAUGAUGAUCAAACUUGAGGCUGCAAUUCUAUGCACAUUAUGAGGAAAUAAGACCUAUUACUUCUGGGCUUACUUCUGAGUAAUAUGCAUAGAAUUGGAAUUGGCUUUUCACUGAUGCUAAGAAUGGAUAGCCUUCAGUUAACUUGAUAACAUCUGUUCACUGCCUACCUCACCCUGCAUAUACCACCACUAGCAAAGACCACAGACUGAUGUGAAGUGGCAAAUGAAUUGCUGUCUGGCAACUUAUGAGGAAGCAGCACUGCUGAGGAUGACAGUUAUUUGUACUAAAACAGAACUUCUCACACAUUGAUCCCAAUUUGGUACUCUUUGAAGACCUAGAUGUGUGCACAACCUUUAGCCCCUGAUGUGAGCAGGCUCCCACCCACUUCCCCCACAGUAAGGUGAGAAAUACUGUUUUCUGGUUUCCAAAAUGGGUUUUCCUGUUAAUAGCAGCAGGGAAACAAGUCUUGGUGGUAAUCACAGGGAUGGGAGAAGCUUUUACCCUCAGUAAUCACUUAGAUAUCAAGUGAGCAGGAAUAGAUGUUGUGGGAAAGAGAGUAUACAUGUGUGCAUAUGUGCUUCCCCCCCUCUCAAACAUGGGAUAUGGAUCUUUGGGCUAAAAGCAUUGUGCACCCCUGCCCUAGAUUGAUGCCUCAUAGAUUUUUUUUUCACACUGAAUAACUUGCUUUAACAAAAACAAUAAGCCAGUGAACUGUCUUAAGUCACUGAAACGUUCUCAAAAACACAAGAUACAACCCUAAAAAGCAUGAUGUCUAGUACCUUUGAUACAGCUGGAUUCUCCCUAUAGGACUAAGUGUAGUCUUGUUUGCUUGAUGCACUUACAUACAUAUAGCUUGUCUGUCACCUUUAAUACUGAACUUUCUGAAUCUUAAUAUAUGCCCAACUAUUUUCCCGAUGUAAUAGCAUAUAUCCUGUUACAGAAUUGCUUUACAGAUAAGGAGAGUAAGGAAGGUAAUUUAAGUUCAUCUGAAGUGCAAAUGGCAGUGCCAGGUUAUUUCUGGUAAAUUUCAAGUGAAGUUUUGGCUAUUGGUUUGAAAAAAGGAUCUAGCCCUGAUAACGAAUAUCACUUUCCCUGAAAUCAAAGCUGGUCUAUAGGAAUCCAUUCUGAAUUUGUGUUUAGGUUAGCUACCUAUUCUAUGAAUGGAUGUAAAGACUGGAAUCCUUCUUGUAGACCAUUGUCCCAUAUUUGUAAGUGACCAUAAAAACUAGCUGUAUCACUGAUUAUUGACACUUUGUUAAAAGCCCAUGUCAUUGUCCUGUUCAAAACAAAUAUAAUAGUCAUAAUCUCUACUUCAGUAAGCACUUGAAAGCCAACUUCAGAGAAAUGUGAGAGUCAAACAAGCCAGGCUAAAAAAAUACAUGUUUUUAAUCUAAAAUGUUGGUAGCAUAAGGAAUAUAUGUUGACAGCUUGUUUGUGGAACAGCCUUUUUAUUUCAAACAUUUUAAUUUAUCUGAUACUCUCUUAAAUGUUGGUAAAGAGAUCCUGUGGGGUGGGUGCUCAUUCUGUGGAAGCAUUAGGAGUGCCUGAGAGCCUUUACAACAUUUUCAGAGGCUUUUGUACAAAUACUAUAAUGAUAUAGUUGCAAUACAAACCCUAUGCAGAUAUGGCUCUAACAGCGGUGCCUGUAUACAAUGGGGAAUUGUGAUCACAUCACACUGUUGGGGAACCUGCUGGAUUGUCUGUAUAUUGGCAGUCACAUUUGAAUAGGGGUCUAGAUGUAUGGAACCCAACCUGCUUUGAGUACAGCACCAACUAUUACUUCAAGGAGUUUGGGUGAUUGGGCUCUAGAUGCAGAGGCUCCUAUUCCUACUUAAUACCCAGUAUCAGGUGGGUAGUAUCCAUCUUGAGCCUACCGCCAUUCACACUCAACAGUUAAAGCUGUGUCUGCAUAGACAGUGUCUUCUAUAUACUCUUUAUACUUGACUUCAGUGGGAAUUGUUUGUGGAAGUGUUUAGUGCUGAGGCCUUAUACUGCUGUUAUGACCUUGGAUAUCCAUAUUAUAGCAAAGAGAGUGAACUGCUGAAAGUAAUGUUAGAAAAUUGAAACUAAAAUUGCAUUAUUUUGGUUAAAUUGUGCCUAAGCCUAGCUAAUAACAGAAACAGUUAAUCUGACUGUUCUCAGGGCAAAUUUCAACUGCAAAAUUAUAUGCCAUCUGGAAUAGAGGCAUUUCAGCUAGCACAAUGAAAGUUUACACUAAGCAUUAAAUGAAACUCCUGCAAAAGGUAAGAGUAAAAGGUUCAAUAUUAAAAGGAAUUCUAUCCUGGAAGUUCAUCAUAGAUAACUACAUAAGGAAAUGUAUUGAUUCAUUUCCUUCCUUGAUGUAAUGCCAUCCAAAAAUCACUGGUGCAACUGUACCCUGCAUUGUAUUUAAUGUGUCUGAGACAAGACAGAUGAAAAGGGGGAAGUGCAGGAGAGGAUCGUUCAGUGUAAAUGGAAGAGAAGACUCUGAGGAAGCAAGUAGAAGACCUCUUUGGCCCUGCUAUUUAUAUCAAAUAUAAUUAAAAUAUGAGGUUUUCUACACAUUGGACAGAAUGAGGAGGUAGAAUUCUGGAUUGUACCACUUUGGACUGCAGGGCUAGAUGGGACAUGUCUUGAAUAGUCCUCCACAAACUUCUUACAAGUAAAAAAAAAUGCUUAAGGGGGAGAGGGCUAUAAUAACCCUGCCCCAAUGUACUUGUUUGUUAUUGAGGAGGGGGCUUUUAUGGGGAGAGCAUUCAAAGAUUAUACCCCACAUGAGAUCUGAAGUGGGAUAGUUUAGCAUUCUGUCACUUCUGUCUAUCAUUUCAUUCUGCCAGCUGUCUAGGAUUGCUCUAUGUUAGAGAGGAAAGUGUAAGGACAGGAAGAAAUCGUGUAGGAUUAGAAAUUGUCUCAGAGCAAAUAUGAACCUACGUAACCUUUAUCUCUGAUGGUUAAGUAAAAUGGGAAUGUUACUACAAUGGAAAUUCAGUGUUCUGAUCAUAUAUAUAAAGUAACUUUCAGAACGAUAAAUUUGUCACUUGUUCAGUAAUAAAGUAAUCUUUGCUGGUAUGGUUUACUCCCUUCUUUUAAAAUGUUAAAAUAUUAAAACUUGUCAAGGGAACGUCCAUGAACUUGGAUGAGGAAAUCUGAAACCACUGCAAGGAUGAAAGUGUAGUCUGUUCCAAAUAUGGCAUAGGAAUGGGUGGACGUCUUAGAGUGCCUGAGUGUUCUAGGCUGUAAAGAGAAUCCUUCCCUACCUCACAGGGGUGUUGUGAGGCUGACUUAAUUAUUUGUAAGAUGCUUUUGAGUUUUCCUGAUGGAAGGUGCUAUCGAAGUGCAAGACAUAACUAAUCAGCUGACAACUGGCUGAUUCUGUCACAAUAAGAAAAUGUUCAACUUAGUUUUCAUUACAGUAUUUUGCUACUAUAGAAAGCUUCUCUACAAAACAUUAAAUGUAUGGAUCAUGUAACAAUGGACUUUGCAAGAAGGCAUGGUUGAGUUUUCAAUCUUUAUGCAUCCCUUUCUGGUUUUAUGUGAUUAACUGUGCAGAUCUAAUUGUAUUAACAAGGUUUUUGGGUUUUGCAUGGAAUUUAAGAUCAACUAUAAUUUUUGUAAACUCCCUGAAUGAAAUAAACUCAUGUUCACUCUG